GGGCUUCUAGUUUUCCAAAAGAGGAGAGUAUAUGUUGAUAGAGAAGAAAUAAGAGUAUACGACUCUCUAUCUUGCUCUGAAUCAGCACAUGUGCUUCCUUUAUUGUGACUGUUGAUUCAAUAUGUGUUUUUGAGUUUAUCAUUGUGGAAAGUCACUACUUAGGUACUUAGCGCCAAGCAGUGUUGCGAGCGCAAGCCAGCUACUUCUCUUUUUAUACCUCCAGUUCCAGCAUGGCGCGCACCAAACAGACAGCACGCAAAAGUACCGGUGGCAGGGGUCCAAGGAAGGUCGAGGUCGAAGCUCACCAGUUCAAUGAUCAUGCCGGUCGACCUUACACCGUUGUCGGCGGCACGCGUCCCCCUUCCUCGGCUAUCUGUAAGCUAAGCAUCCACCUAUACUGCUUCAACGACCUGGUUCCUAGCCCCUGCGAGGUUGGAAAGAAUUUAUUACAGAGCGAGGCCAUAUGCGAGGCGGGCAAUAUGCGGAAUUACUGGCCGCGCAUAGACGUAUAUGCGCCUUUAGACAGUAUUGAUGAGUGCAUACAGCAUCAUCGGCGUGAGAAGAUCUACCGACGACAGGCUGUCCAUGACCUACAUCGAGAGGUAGCGUCAGCCGCAGAAGCAACUGCCAGAGCAGCUGGCAUGGAUGAAGAGGAUGUCGCGGAGGCUGCACAGGAGGCAGUCCUCAAUCUAAGAGGGAAAGAGCCUCUACCGCAUAUCGUUCCCUCUUGGUGCUGUGCACCUCAAUUUUGGAGAGAGAAUCUACAUCCAUAUGAUAGGAGGUACCGCAGCUUUAUCAUUGUUGUUCCCAAGGAAUGUCGGUCAUGGGAAGAUAUUCAGCAGAACGGACUCUUCUUCGUGCGCUUUGAUCAGGAUGUGACUCCGGCCAUGGAGACGUGUUUAUACGAAGACCUCGAUGAAGAAGAUAUGCUUGAGGAUGGCGUGGAGUGGGUGUGGGUAGAUAAAGUCGAUUACGGCCCUCCAGUCAGCAUCAAACGUGUAUCAGUGGACAAGGACACUGAUGCAGAAUUCACGCCCGUUGGGAGGAACUUGGAACAUGGAUCAUCUCAAGGUCCAAAGUUCCAAGGGACUCUGUUUGACAACUGGUACAACCUUCAUACUUCCGCCCUGAAUGAUUGUACCUAUCGCAUAAGUAGCUGUGAUGGUUGCUGGGAUAACGUGCCGCACGAAAACUGCGAGAUAGAGCUGGAUGAGCACUAUUUUGACGACGACGGACAGUGCAUCGCCUGCAGGCGCUUCGGGGAACACAGGCGUCGCAGUAAAAGAAUAGCGAAGAAGCGCAAAGCAGAUGGCGAAAUUACCACAGAUAAAACUGCGGGUAAUUAGAAUUCCAUAAAGAAUCACAGCGUAACGCAACCGCUCGAGAAAAGAUUUUGAGAUUCCCUUUCGAAUGAUAUACAUGAAAACAGCGGAGUCUAUUAUUUACAGAGAUGACUUCGCAUGCAAACCAUCUGUAGAACCUCCCGUGUGGGCGGGGGAGACUGGUUCCC